UUAAGCCGUCAGCUGCCCGUUGGCACUACCUUGUACGACAUUGACAUAAUUGCUUCUAUUGGAUCUCGAUUGUAAUGCGAGUACUUCACAGGCAGGGCUGUUCACCGGACCAACGUGCAUCUCAGUCUAACCUAUCGUAUCUUUUGUUUACCUAUCGUCCCCGCAGAUCCCGCUGCAGCUUCUUUAAAAAACCAUGCCCACGCUCUCUCCGCUCUUCUGCAUCACGGUCGAGGCUUCAAUCAACGUAUCGAGAUGUUGUUCUGCGCUCUUAUUGCGACGUUUGCUAGCCUGGCAGCUAUGGCUGUGACUCAGACGCCACCAAUGGGCAACAAUGCAACCUACAUGAACCCUAUACUUGAUAGGGAGGCUGCAGAUCCAUGGGUGAUCCGAUAUGAUGACUGGUAUUACAUGAUCUUCUCCACGAAUGACAACAUCGUACUCCAUCGAAGCCGUAUCCUCACAGAUUGGCGACAGGCGGAAAAUAAGACCAUCUUCACGCCCGAGGAAGGCCAGAACUACUCCAAAAGCCUAUGGGCUCCAGAGCUGCACCAACUCGACGACAAGUGGUAUGUCAUCUUCACAGCCGAUCCAAGGGGCGACAAUCCACCGCCUGAGAUCGAAAUGUACUGCUACUGGAACUGCCCUGCCGUGCUGCACCGUAUGUUUGUCCUCGAGAGCUCAGGCUCUGAUGCGUGGAACUCAGACUACAGUAUGAAGGCCGAGCUCAACACAUACGACCAGUUCGCCAUCGACGGAACAUACUUCAAGCAUGACACGGGUCUGUAUCAUAUCUACAGCUGUUGGUACCAGUCCUACUCUGCGUGGCCCGCCAAUCUCUGCAUCCAGAAACUCUCCAACCCCUGGACCGUUGAAACAAAUUUCACCGAGCGUGUCGUCCUCAGCACACCGUCAGAGCCCUGGGAGAAGACGCCCUACGGCCGGCAAGAGAACGACCGCCUCUCUUCCAACGAAGGCCCCGAACAGCUUGUCAACCCGCAGACGGGCCAGAUGUUCGUCAUCUACUCUGCUGCACGCUCUGACAACCGCAACUACUGUCUCGGCCAGCUCGAGCUCGUCGGCGAAGACCCCAUGAAUGUCAACGACUGGAAGAAGCACACGGCCGGCUGCGUCUUCUACCAGAACGCGUUGGAGAAGGCGUACGGUGUCGGGCACGCCAGCUUCACGACGAGUCCGGACGGGAGCGAGAGUUGGAUCGUGUAUCACGGCAUGAGGAACCCGACGAACGGGUGGCAAGCGAGGACGGUGCGGGCGCAGAAGUUUGACUGGAAUGACGAUGGCAGUCCGAAAUUUCCGCGACCGGGCUAUGGGCCGUAUGCUGUUGCGUCGGGAGAGCAAUGACUCCGCUUGGGGUGGAGCGAUGAUAACAAUGGUUUCGCUGCAUCUGAUACCUUACAGCAGCUUCCGAUGUGAGUCUAUCUAUGCAGUCUAGCAGUGGCCCACGAGGCUGGACAUCAUUAUUGAAAGUGCCGUCUCUGCUCAGUGCGUGACCAUGAAGUCCUCACAAAAACCAACUCAUUCCGCAUGCAGACAGUCGAAAAAGUAGGGCUCACGAGUCGGGACUCGGCCCUCUACUAAGAGCCUUCAGCGCACACCUACUAACAAAUCA